CAUUCUAAUUUGACAACAGUUAACAGUUUGAAGUUUGACAACAGUUUUGCGAUUGGGAUUGGGGGUGGUUUAAUUUUUCUCUAUUAUUAGAUAAUUGAUAACUGUUUGUUUACAAUGCCUACAACCCCACCUCAAAUUUCGCCUGUAGAAGAACAGGAAAAGUAUUUACAUGAUGCUUUGGGUAUUGUUAAAGCACAAGCUUUUCAAAUGAAAAGAUCAUUAGACAAAAACAAGCUGAUGGAUGCCCUUAAAAACGCUUCAGCCAUGCUAGCAGAGCUUAGAACUUCAUUACUGUCACCAAAGAGUUACUAUGAACUCUAUAUGGCAAUCUCUGAUGAACUGAGGCAUCUGGAAUUGUUUUUGGUAGACGAAUUUCAAAAAGGAGUCAAGGUUCCUGAUCUAUACGAAUUAGUGCAAUAUGCAGGAAACAUAGUUCCUCGGCUCUACUUACUUAUCACCGUUGGUUUAGUUUAUAUUAAAACUAAUAGUUCCUUGAGACGAGAUCUGCUCAAAGACCUCGUAGAGAUGUGUAGAGGUGUUCAACAUCCACUAAGAGGCCUAUUUUUGCGUAACUAUUUACUUCAGUGCACUAGGAAUGUUUUACCUGACACUCCAGAUUGUGAUGGUGAUUGUCCAGAAGGGACUGUGAAGGACUCUAUAGAUUUUGUGCUUAUGAAUUUUGCAGAAAUGAAUAAAUUGUGGGUGAGAAUGCAACAUCAGGGACAUUCUAGAGACAGACAAAAUAGAGAAAGGGAAAGAGAGGAAUUACGAAUUCUAGUAGGGACCAAUUUGGUAAGAUUAAGUCAACUUGAGACUGUUACAUUAGACAAGUAUCAGAAGUCAGUUCUACCUGGGAUUUUGGAACAGGUUGUGAGUUGUAGAGAUGCAAUUGCUCAAGAAUAUUUGAUGGAAUGCAUCAUUCAGGUAUUUCCAGAUGAAUUUCAUAUUCAAACAUUGAACCCAUUUUUGAAAUCCUGUGCAGAACUGGAAUCAGGAGUCAAUGUUAAAAACAUUGUGAUAUGCUUGAUGGAACGACUAGCUUCUUUUAGCCAAAGAUCAGAUGCUAUUGGAGGAGAAGGGGGAAAUAUCCUUAAAGAAGUCCAACUUUUUGAGGUAUUCUCAAAUCAGGUGUCAUCAAUUAUUGAAACUCGUCAGUACUUACCUCCGGAAGAUAUGAUUGCACUUCAGGUAGCUCUGAUUAACUUGGCCCUUAAGUGUUACCCAGAUAAAAUUGAGUAUAUAGACCAAGUUAUGCUUUCAAGUGUUGAGAUAUUGCAGAGAUUGGCCAUCGAAAAUAUAGAGCCACACUCUUUAGUAGCCAAGGAGCUUCAAAAACUCCUGAAAAUACCAUUGGAUCAUUACAACAACCUUCUUUUAGUACUAAAACUCAAACAUUAUGCCGGUUUAAUGGAACAUCUGGAUUAUUUUGGUCGCAAAUCUCUUAGUAUCUAUAUUUUGAAUAAUGCCCUGGAAAAUGAAACAAUCGUUCCAUCCCCAGAAGAAGCGGAACAAGCGCUUACUUUAUUUGGAACUUUGGUGACAGAUAAAAAUGAUCAUCCAAUUGGGGAGUUGGAUAUGGAUGAGUUAACAGAAGAGCAAUGCCUUCUGGCUAGAUUUAUACAUCAAAUGAUGUCGAGUUCGCCUGAUGACCAGUUUCUCAUUUUAACUGGAGCUAGAAAGAUUCUUAGUACCGGUGGACCGCUACGAAUAAAAUACACACUUCCUCCUCUGGUGUUCCAAGCCUAUCAGCUCGCUUAUAAAUAUAAGGACCUAAAUGACGAUAAAUGGGAUAAGAAGUGUACGAAGAUCUUUCAGUUCUGCCAUCAAACCAUAACGGCUCUAGUAAAGGCUGAAUUAGCCGAAUUGCCUUUGCGUCUAUUUUUGCAAGGGGCCUUAGCCAUUGACCAGAUCGGUUUUGAAAAUCACGAAACCGUUGCGUAUGAAUUUAUGUCGCAAGCGUUUUCGCUUUACGAAGAUGAAAUCUCAGAUUCCAAGGCACAGUUAGCUGCCAUUACUCUUAUUGUAGGAACGCUGGAGCAAAUUAGAUGUUUUUCCGAAGAAAACUCAGAUCCUCUAAGAUCACAGUGCGCAUUAGCUGCCAGUAAGUUGCUAAAAAAACCUGACCAAUGUCGAGGAGUAGCGACUUGUUCUCAUCUUUUCUGGAGCGGCAAGAGCCUUGCAAAUAAUGGCGAAGAAACACACGAUGGCAAGAGAGUGGUGGAAUGUCUAAAGAAAGGAAUUCGAACAGCCAAGCAAUGUAUGGACGUUUGCGUUCAAGUACAGUUAUUUGUAGAAUUGCUAAAUCACUAUAUCUACUUCUUUGAGAAAGGCAACGAUCAGGUGGAUGCGGACAUUCUGAAUCAAUUAAUCAAGAAAAUCAAAAGUGAACUUGCGAACUUAGAAAGCUCCGAUGAAGCUGAGCAAAUCACAAAGCAUUUUAAUAAUACACUGGCUCAUUUAAAACUACGAAUGGAUUCCCCUGGAACCGAAGGCGAUGCUUAUAUAGGACUCCUCCUUAAUCCAGAUUUAGAUGAUGAGAAAACCGAAUCAAAAAAGCUAGAAGCUAAAUAAUAUAAUCAAUUUUAGGUCUCGAAGACGUAUUCUUAGAAAUUCAUCAAACAACACAAUUGUAAAAUAUUGUUAAAUUAAUUGGUAUAAGUUAUAUUAGUAAUUAAUAUUUUAAUUGAUUAUUUAUAUGUAUAAAAUCAUUUUGAAUAUGUAUAAUAUGUUAACACAAGAAUUUAGGUAAUUAAAUAGUGCAUCAUUCC